UUACUCAUUUUCAACCUCACUCUAUCACACACACACUUCCCUACAAAUCCCGCAUUCUGAAACAGAGAGAGAUACAAAGAAAUUAGGAGAGAGAAAGAGAGUGAUCAAGUAGAAGAUGGCGAUGAGGCGUGUAAUUUCAUCUGCUGUCAAAACUGUGACGGCUAAUUCAGCAAGAUCAUCCUCAUUUUCUUCCCCAUUCACCAGGAAUCUUCAUGAUUCUUCGGCAAGCAAGAAGAUUGUAGGUGUUUUUUACAAAGCAAAUGAAUAUGCAUCAAUGAAUCCCAACUUUGUGGGUUGUGUGGAAGGUUCCCUGGGUAUACGGGAGUGGCUGGAGUCACAAGGCCACGAGUAUAUUGUUACCGAUGACAAAGACGGACCAGAUUCUGAACUUGAGAAGCAUAUUUCUGAUCUACAUGUUCUUAUAACGACUCCAUUCCAUCCUGCGUAUGUUACGGCUGAAAGGAUAAAGAAAGCAAAGAAGUUGGAAUUAUUACUGACGGCUGGAAUUGGGUCUGAUCACAUUGACUUGAAGGCUGCAGCUGCUGCUGGUCUAACAGUUGCAGAGGUAACUGGAAGCAAUGUUGUGUCUGUUGCAGAAGACGAGUUAAUGAGAAUCCUGAUUCUAGUCAGGAACUUCUUGCCUGGAUAUCAUCAAGCUAGCAAUGGAGAGUGGAAUGUAGCUGGUAUUGCCUACAGAGCUUACGACCUUGAGGGUAAAACUAUUGGAACUGUUGGUGCAGGACGGAUCGGCAAGCUUUUGCUUCAGAGACUGAAGCCAUUCAAUUGUAAUCUUCUGUAUCAUGAUCGUAUCAGGAUGGACCCCGAUAUGGAGAGUCAGACUGGAGCUAAGUACGAAGAGGAUCUUGUCAACAUGCUCGGAAAAUGUGAUGUGGUUGUCAUGAACACUCCUCUUACUGAGAAAACCAAAGGAAUGAUUAACAAGGAAAUGAUCUCAAAGAUGAAGAAGGGAGUUCUAAUUGUUAAUAAUGCUCGAGGAGCUCUCAUGGAUACCCAAGCUGUUGUUGAUGCAUGCUCAAGUGGUCACAUUGCAGGAUAUAGUGGAGAUGUUUGGUAUCCACAACCAGCUCCGAAGGAUCAUCCUUGGAGAUACAUGCCAAACCAAGCUAUGACCCCUCAUAUUUCUGGGACAACUAUUGAUGCGCAGUUGCGCUAUGCUGCUGGUGUGAAGGAGAUGUUGGACAAUCACUUCAAAGGAGAAGACUUUGCUCCUCAACACUACAUUGUCAAGGAGGGUCAACUGGCACCCCAGUAUCGCUAAUUAUAUCUGAAUGAAACUUGAGUUGUAUCUUUUUCAAUUUUCAUUUCCAUUGUCAAUACAUAUGGAAUAACUGUAUUCCUUACUGUCAGAAUACAGAUGUAUCACUCAAGUUAAAGUUCCAAACAUUCAUUGUAUGAUGUAAAAUGUGCAAGUACUUUCGUAGUUGAUGUUUCUGAGGUUCCAACCAACCAUUCAUCGUGUAAACCUUGAAACCUCUGUAUGUUUUUUCAUACAUAUCGAGUCAGAAUAAGUAAUUUUGUUGGCUGUAAAA